GUUGGAGGGGAGAGACGCUCAGUCGCGCUAGACUGUCGACACACGCUCAGCUGCUGGUAACAUGGAAACAGUCCGCUAUAUCACAGUGCUGCUGCUUAUACUUUGUGCCUUGGACCUUCCCCUGGCUCGAGUUAGUUCUAAGGAGACGACAGAUAAUAAAGAUGAUAAACAGGAGAAGAAGGCGAGUAUCGUCAACAAGUUCCUGAAGAAACAUAAGAAACGCGAAGGAGAGGUAAAGCUGGUCGACGGGUCAGCAGACCACGAAGGUAAUGUGGAGAUAUUCCACAUGGGACGGUGGGGAGCCGUUUGUGAUGAUGAGUGGGAUGAGAGAGAAGCCAAUGUAACAUGCCGUCAGUUGGGCUACAAACUGGCAUUACGAGCAACACACAAUUCUCACUUUGGCCAGAUCAAACACAAGUACUGGAUGGACAAUGUAUACUGCAGUGGAGAGGAGAGUCGUCUAGACAAGUGCAGAUUUGACCCCUGGGGCAUCAACGACUGUGAGGGGUCAGAGGCUGCAGGCGUCGUCUGCUACAAGCCUCCACCUGAGGAAACUGACCUCACAACCACCACCACCGAAACUCCCAAACCCACCAAGCAGCGCAGGAGAAUACAGGAUAUUCUGAACCAUGGGCAGAUCCAGGUGCGGUUGUCUGGAGGUCGGAUCUACAACGAGGGCCGGGUGGAGGUCAAAUACGGAGACUCGUCCUGGGGACUGAUAUGUGGAGAUGGCUGGAGUCUGCUAGAGGCAUCCGUGGUGUGUCGUCAGUUGGGUUACGGGUUUGCCAGUGACGCUCUACAAACAAGUUUCUUUGGUGGGUCGAGUGACGACAUCGUCAUGUCAGGAGUGGAGUGUCGGGGCAAUGAGUUCAGCUUGGCCCACUGUCUACAUGAUGACAUGGAGACUCUGUCUUGCCCAGGAGAGAGUGACAACAUGGCUGCUGUCGUCUGCACCAGAGAAAUGGCAGACCUAGUGAUUGAUGCAGAGGAGAUUGAGCGUACAACGCAUCUUGAUGACCGACAAAUGUACUUCCUACAAUGUGCUAUGGAGGAAAAUUGCUUGGCAUCAGAGGCUUACAAGAUCCAACAGGAGCAGCCCUACAGUUGGCACCUGGAGUCCCGGAGACUUCUCAGAUUCACUGCGAGGAUCCUGAAUGCCGGAACAGCAGACUUCCGUCCCUCUGUGCCAAAACACCUCUGGGAGUUCCAUCAGUGCCACAUGCACUACCACAGCAUGGAGGUGUUUGCCACAUUUGACAUUGUGGAUGUGAACAACGUGAAGGUGGCCGAGGGUCACAAAGCCUCGUUCUGUCUCGAGGACAACGAAUGUCUCCCAGGGGUGGCUCCGGGCUACGUCUGUGCCAACUUUGGGGAUCAAGGUAUCUCCGUAAACUGUAGCGACAUCUAUCGCUACAACAUCGACUGUCAGUGGAUUGACAUCACGGAGCUCAACCCCGGCUUGUACACUUUCAAGGUAGCAGUAAAUCCAGAGUUUAAAGUGCCUGAACAAACAUUUGACAACAAUGCAGCUGUGUGCAAAAUGUUCUACUCGGAAAGCUUUGUUCGAGUCUUUGAUUGUGUUGUGCAAAGACCGUGAUCAGUUCAAUGCAUUAGAAUUGAACAGUCAAAACAACUAUUUCUUACAAUCAAAAAAGAAAUUAAGAUUACAAAUUAAAAGUCUAAACAACUAUUUCUUACAAUCAAAAAAGAAAUUAAGAUUACAAAUUAAAAGUCUAGCUUGACUUGCUGAUGUACCAAAAUUAAUAUACCACUCCCAGGGCCGGAUUUAAUUAUGGCGCCACUAGGCCCAAUAGUCUUUCCACCCCUUAGACUGGUCAAAAUUACCUCCCUAUAAACCUUUAGUCUAGGUACUAAAAAAACUACAUACACUACACGUUAAUUAAUUCUAAUUAAUUAAUUAGAAGUUUUAACUCUACUAGCCUGAUUUUCAAAAUAAUUUCCCAAGAUAUGUUUACUUACGGCUAUUUAUUUUAGUUUUUAGGUAGCCUAUUAAAGCAUUUUUAUUUUAUUCUCAUGGCUGUACACCCCUUGGGAGCUGCGCCCAUAGGCCCGGGCCUAUUAGGAAAUCCGGUCCUGGCCACUCCUAAAGGCUGUUUGCAAGGAUAUACUGAUAGUUUAAGCACAAUAAGAUUACUCAUGCUACACAUAUUUAGUAGGAAGAACAUCGAUGGGUUUAUUCUCUCUAUCGAAGGUUAUAUACAAAUAGAGGACUUGUACAACAAAUAGAUUUCACUUUGUUCUGGUCAAUCUAUUGAAUAGUUAAUUCAGUCCUAACCUGAGACAUUAGUUCUGAUAUGUUGUAGAUUUAAUGUAAGUACUAUCUUUUAAGCUAUCAUCACCUGAUAAAAGGCAUUGGAUCGUCAUAUCAUGGUCUGCCUAUUAUAUUAUGAAUGAUUUGUUUUUAUUAUAUAGGUUAUAUAGAAAGAGGUUACUGUCCACUUACCGAACCUCUUUUAAGAACACAAAACUAAAUAAUAAAAUAAGUAAACAAAAAUGUAAACAAACAAACUAUAUUGUCAAUUGCAUUGGCCUUGCAUUGGCAUUGGAUUUGGUUGUUCACUAAAUUAAUCGAAUAACUUUAACUUCCAAAACAUGCAAGUAGUAGCCCUUUGGAAAUCAGCCUGUGGAGCAGAGCCCUUAGGGAGUUCGUCCAUAUCAAUACUUUUCGGCAAAUCUGCACACUCUGAGCUUCAUUUUAAAAAGCCAUAUGCCUAUAUUUUCACUUGAUAAAUGGCCUUAACCGUUUACAUAAAAUUUGAUUGUAUCACUUUAAUAAUAUAAUAGAUGUUAGUAUGCCCCAUACCUGUGUAAUUCUACACUACUUGUAAGCCACACAUUAUUGGCUAUUUUAUCUACAACCGUAAUUGUUUAUAAUGUUUUCCUAAAUAAAAUCACCUCUACUUUAUCAACAAUAAAGUACUUUGUUGGAACAAAAACCAAGUAAAAUAGCUUUUAUGUUUAUUUAGCUAAUUUUACAUAGAUAAAAUUAGAGGUUCCUUUAUGUAUUUUCACAUAGCUUUAGUAUUUCUUUACGGACUUAUAUUUGAGUUUAUCAAAAGUGUUUGGUCAGUUUGAAGUUUGGGUAACUACCAGUACAGAAUCUGAUGUGCCAAUUUCCAGACUGAUCUCCGAAUAAUUUUAAUUAAUAGCUAAAUAGACUUAUACAACUAAAGGCACAUUUCUACAUUGUGAACUUACAUUUAAGAACAUUUUACAAAUCUAUUUAAGACUUUUGUUUAAAUAAUUGCACAGUUACUUUAUUACACAAACCAUACAAUACUCUUUUUAUUUUUUUUUUAAUGGUAAGUUAAUUACAUAAGAAUAAUAAUCGUUGGUUUUAAUGUAAAACUGGAAUAAAACGCUUAUCCUGAAAUAUGCACAAAAUAACAACCAAACAAAGCAUUUAAUUUGUAAUAGUCAUUUGAAAAUAUAUUUUAAUAACUUGUUAUAACAUUUAUACUUCUUACAUGUGCAACAAUAAAUGAAAUAUAAUAAUA